AUGGCUCAAUUCUUUUUAAAAGCUGCACUCAAAGGGGACUGGGAAGCAAUCACCACCCGCUACAGAGAGCAGCCUGCCUUAUGCAAUGACACUCCAGUCACCAACAUGACAGGUGACACACUCAUUCACAUUGCGGUUCAAUCCGGUCAAGCUGAAGCAGUUGCAGAGCUGCUAGACUUACUGCCAGAACAUGUCCGUGUGGCGAAGAACAACGUAGGGAACACUUCACUCCAUGAAGCUGCCAGGACCGGAAUGUUGAUCAAGACUGCAAGAGCAAUAUUGAAGAAGGAUGCAUCCCUGGUUUCAAGCCGAAACAAGCCCGGUGAGACGCCUGUAUUUUGGGCUGCCAUGCAUGGGAAUAAGGAGAUGCUGCUCUUCCUUGUUUCUGAUGUUAGGAAAGUUGGUGAGGAGACGUUGAGGAGGAGCGAUGGAUCUACUAUCCUUCAUGUAGCUAUUCUUGGCAAAUUUUACGAUGUAGCAUUGGAGAUCGUGGAGAUGUUUCCAGGGAUGGCAUUAAGCAGAGACGAGCGUGGAAUAACGGCCCUUCAUUUGCUGACCCUCUUUCCUUCCUCUUUCAAGAGCAGAGGCAUAUAUUCUCUUCCGGCUGUGUUGGACCCUCCCAAUUUCCUCCGUGUAUCAAUACCCGUCGUAAAAUUGCUACACGCCGCAGUUUUCGAUUGUGUUCCUGUGGACCCCUACCAGACGAGUGAUGGUUCAGAUCAAGGACAGUCCCGGCUUAAGAGUUUCACGGAGACAUGCAUGGACUUCCUGAGAUCAGCGGCAGCGAACCCAAAACUCAUUAUUGCAAAGGAAAAGCACGCAUGGGCACUGCAACUUGCAAGGCUUUUGAUAAAAAAAGAAGCUCAAUGGAGGUACGGACACGAUGGUAGGAGCCCACGAGAAGAAGCACAAUGGAGCUACGAACAUGAUGCUAGGUGCCCACAGAGAAGCAAUGGACAGCAUCAGAUUGGCGAACAGCAUCAGAUUGGCAAUGAUGGUGAUGAAUGCAAGGAGAGGUUAGAGAGACCACUAAUUCUAGCGUCCAAGUGUGGGAUAGUGAAGUUAGUGGAGGAGAUACUGAAAGCAUUCCCAGAGUCCAUUGAAUUCCUCGAUGACAAACGGCAUCAGAUUGGCGAUGAUGGUGAUGAAUACAAGGAGAGGUUAGAGAGACCACUAAUUCUAGCGACCAAGUGUGGAAUAGUGGAGUUAGUGGAGGAGAUACUGAAAGCAUUCCCAGAGUCCAUUGAAUUCCUCGAUGACAAAGCUGGGAAGAACCUACUGCAUUUGGCGGUCGAGUACCGGCAGGUUCAUGUCUUCAAUUUAUUAAAGAAGGAGAAGAGAGUGACAACGGUACUGGCAGCCGGGAUCGACAAGAACGGUAACACAAUCUUGCAUCUUGCAGCCAAGUUUAAAAAAGAUAAUUCGAGUCACGUUGGAGGGCCUGUCAUUCAAAUGCACCAGGAGAAUGCCUGGUUUGAGGCGCUUAAAGUGCAGGCGAAGCGUCCUGCAUCAAUGAGUGAUGAAGAGUGA